AUCCAUGACUUAAAGGAUGAUGGGUGGAAAUUUUGUUUUUUUGGUUAAAUAUCAAGCAUUGGGUGGGAAAUAGUCAUUUGGUCUAUUACAUUGUGAACAUAUGUUUUUGGGUUUAGCAUGCAUAACAAUAGCUUUAUACUUUAGUCGGGACACUCAAAACACCGAAAGUGGCAAAAUUAUAUAUGAAGGGAAGGGAAGUUAGUUAAGUAACUACUUCAUGCAGGGAGCGAGUCCGAGGGAUUCAUUUUAUGCAAAUGAGCCAAGUCUUUCAUAACUCUCCAUUUCACUUGCCUAUAUUUAUGGCUUUCUUUUCAUUUAUUAAUUUCACCUUCAUAAUGUAAAAUUUUCUAAGAUCAGACACAGUCAAUGGAAGAAGAUUGUUAUGGGAAUGGGUGUCAUGGGCCUGCGGGAGGAAGCCCAGAAAGCCCUAGUGUAAAAAGCAUUAGCAGCAACAACAAACACCACCACCGUCAGCACAACAACAAAGAACAAGAUAGGUUUCUUCCUAUAGCAAAUGUUGGUCGGAUAAUGAAAAAAGUAAUCCCCGUCAAUGGAAAGAUCUCAAAAGACGCAAAAGAAACCGUGCAAGAGUGUGUCUCCGAGUUUAUUAGCUUUGUUACCGGGGAAGCAUCGGAUAAAUGUCAACGAGAAAAACGAAAAACUAUUAAUGGCGACGAUAUUAUAUGGGCAAUCACAACCCUAGGCUUUGAAAAUUACGUGGGUCCAUUAAAAUUAUAUCUAAGCAAAUAUCGAGAUAUUGAAGGCGACAAGGUUGAUUUUCCGAAGCAACAAAGAUCAGUACAUCAGAAUCAGCAACAUCACCACCAACAACAGGAUGACCAAGAAGAUCAAAAUGCAGCUUACACAAGUGUGUAUGCUUCCACAACCCUUAUGUGUCAACCGCCAUUUAUGGCAAGUGAUCAAUCUUUUUCCCUACCUUUCUCCCCUGCUUCCAUUCAGAACCAGUUACUGCCACAAGACCAAAUUGAUUCAGUGGGGCACUGGUGAGAAACAAGAGAAAGAGAGCUGUUUUUUUUUUUUUUCCCCAAUUUUUCUAUAAUGUUACUGAAAAUAUAUAAAUAUGAUACAUAAUUGAUUAUAAAAUUGGAAUUAAGAGAAUACUU